CUCAGAGGCACUUUUUUUUGCGGACGAGCAUGGGCGAAGCGUAUGAGAGUGGAGAGGCUGUCGAAGCAUGGAUCGCUCAGACGCAGGUGAGCCUCGGUGCAAUCACCAGACCGCGGCUCCUGCCUGAGCGGCUCAGGAAGCCGCCCUUUCGCUUUCUCUUUGACAUUGCAGUGGAGGUGGCUCGCCAGACAGGCUUCGGCUUAGCCGAGCUCUUUGGCGAGCUGCCGGAGAAGCCCUGUGCGCCCAGCGCCAGGGAGGAAAAGGUGGACUUUCUGCAGCGGUGGAUUGCAGCAACCGCCGCUGCACUUCCAUCGCACGCAGAGGCUUUGGCAGAGGUGUCGGCGACAGACGUGGUGUGCGGCGUGCACGCGGAGCGCACCAACUUCUUCCUGCAGUGCCUCGCCGCUGCGGCCUGGCCAGCACCUCCACUUGCGCCAGACUGCCGAGAGACGGCAGCCCCAGAGACGGCAGAAGCCGCAGCUCCAGCUGGCCCAGUUCCUGGGGACGCUGAGGCGGCUGAGCCCGAGGCUCGCUUGCCCGAGAGGCACACCAUGGAGCUGCCCGAGGCACCAGAAAUGGUGGCGGCGCGGGAGGCUGCGGAGCAGGCGGCUGUCCAGAAGAAAGCGGCAGAGGAGGAAUGGGCCCGUAUCCAGGCUGCCAGAGAGGCCCGAGGAUCGCCAGCCCCGGAAGAGGCGCGCAAGGACAUAGACUUCGAUGCUGCCCUGAAAGACUUGGGAGCACUCCAACAGGAGUUUGAGCGGACGGCCAACGCCUGGAAUUUUACCCCAGGUAAUGCAGGCGACAGCAGCGGGGACUCGGAUGAAGAUGCACCGCAUCCGCUGCCGGGCCAGCCAGCUCUCGGCUCUGACGACGAGCAGGAGCGCCAGUUUGCCUCGACGGCCAUGAUCUUCCACGCCAAGGAGCGGGCAGACAAGGUGAAUGAUGAGCUGACCAAGGCACAAGACCUUCUGGCGAGCAUCGAGGACGCUCUGGACGCACGGGACGCAGAGCUGCAGCAGAAGAAGGACUUGGAGGUCCAGCGGCGCGAUGCGCAGCAGGCGGCGGCAGAGGCACAGGUGCGCGCGGAACAGGCCGUGGAGGAGCAGAGCAAGCUGGAGAAAGCCGCGCGAAAGGCCAAGCGGAAGGCUGCGAAGAAGGCAGAGAAGGAGCGCUUGCAGAAGGAAGCGGAGGAACGGGAAGCGGAGGAAAAGCGUGCUGCCAUGUAUCCCGUGAGCAAAACUUCUCAGCUGCAAGGGGCACGACUCGUUAGCUGUGUUGGUGAUGGUGCGAACGAGGAAGAGGAGUACGAGUGGGAUGGCGAGCCGGAAGAGCCAGAGGAACGCAACGACGGCAUGGAUGCUUGCUUUACAGACGCGAUCCUCGGGGGAGAACCAGAUUGUGGCUCAGUAACGAUGCAGAAGGAGGAUCUUUUUGAGCAGAUCAAAGCAGAGAUGCGGGACACAUUUGUCUCAUACCUUUGCGCCUCCUUGCCGGGCGCCUUGCUGAAGAGGUACGCAGCAGACCAGCUCUUGGGCUGCCUGCAGAUGCUGCUGCAGGAGCUGCGGCGCUCCCUGGCAGCGCACAGCCUGGAGGAUGUGGCAGAUGAGGAGCCCACCAGCGUGGCGGAGGAACUGCAGCACAACUCGCCGGAUGGCUGGCUGGACUACUUGCAGAGUGCACCCAGCUACGGCCUGCGUCAGCGCUUUGACGUGGCCGAGCUGGUGGACACCUUCCAGGCCUUGGCGCAAAGCUGCUUCGACCGCCUGACGGAUGAGCUUGGUCCUAUGUCCAGGUGGGUCAGAGAGGGCAGCCUGCUGCACGUCUCCCCUACUUUGGCGCCUCCCCGGGUGCCCACGCCGCCCACGCCGGAGCGGACAGCCAGCCCUGAGGCGCCGUCCAGACCGCUCACUGGCUGCCAGCCGCCCAAGGUGCCACCUCCGCCUGAGUCAAGCAGCACCGGAAGGUCACGGGUGCCGGUCUUCGACACCACAAUCGGUCCUGCACCCUGGGAGAUCGAAGGGCCCGCGCCCACCCCAGCUGCCCCAACCACGCGCAUGGCCACUGGCGCGAGACUGGGCAGCAGCCGAGUGAUGUCGUCAAGACCUUUGCUGUCGCGAUGAGAAGACGGAGAGGUCGAAGAUUUCUCCAUGAUGCCAAGGGGGCGGCAGAUGCAAUCGACUUGUGCGUGCUGC